AUGGUUUCUCUGUUCGUGGCGGCGACGACUGUGCUACCCAAUGAGGUGGCUCCGCAACCGGAACUGAUAGGGGUGAAUUCGGUGGUUGUUGAGGAGUAUGAUCCGGCCAGGCCGAAUGAUUAUGAAGAUUAUAGGAGGGAGAAAAAAAGGAAGGCGAUGGAAGUGGAGAGGUUGAGGGAGAUUGAGAGGAGGCAAGAGGAAGAGGAGGAGGAGAGGGAGAGGGAAAGGGAGAAGGAUAGGGACAGGGAUGUGAAUAUUUCUGGGGAGGAAGCGUGGAGAAGGCGUGCUGCCAUGAGUGGAGGUGUUUCAAGGAGUUCUUCGCCACCCAGGAAUGGGGAUGGGUUUAGUAUUGGGAUGUUAGGGAUGGUAGGGUUGGGAGUUGGUGCUGGUGGACAAAUAACUGCGGCGCAGAGGAUGAUGGCGAAGAUGGGGUGGAAGGAAGGGCAAGGAUUGGGGAAACAGGAGCAAGGGAUUAUACUAAAUAGGAGCAAGGGAAACAGGAGAUGUCGAUGA